UAAUUGCCCUUCAUUUUUGGCUGCUGCAUUAGCUAGAGCAACUUCAGAUGAAGUCCUUCAGAGUGAUCUUUCGGCACACUACUUACCAAAGCAUGUGGACAACGCAGAUGGGAUCAUACAGAUUGAGACAGUGAAGCUGGCCCGCUUAGUUUUUAGCAAACUGCAUGAGAUCUGCAGCAACUGGGUGAAAGACUUUCCGCUCCAGCCGAAGCCCCGCCGCUACUACGAGACAUCCAUCCAUGCCAUCAAGAAUAUGCGUAGGAAGAUGGAAGACAAGCACGUCUGCAUCCCAGACUUCAACAUGCUCUUCAACCUUGAGGACCAAGAAGAGCAAGCUUAUUUUGCAGUCUUUGAUGGUCACGGGGGUGUGGAUGCUGCUAUCUAUGCCUCCAUCCAUCUCCAUGUGAACAUGGUCCAUCAGGAGAUGUUUCAGCAGGCCUUCCGGGUGACCGAUGAGCGCUUUGUCCAGAAGGCAGCCAGGGAGAGUCUGCGUUGUGGAACCACUGGGGUGGUGACUUUUAUCCGAGGAAACAUGCUGCAUGUGGCUUGGCUUGGGGACUCCCAGGUUAUGCUCGUGAGGAGAGGCCAAGCUGUGGAACUGAUGAAACCCCACAAACCAGAUCGAGAGGAUGAGAAGAAGCGCAUUGAGGCACUUGGUGGCUGCGUGGUCUGGUUUGGAGCCUGGAGGGUGAAUGGGAGCCUGUCAGUCUCCAGAGCUAUUGGGGAUGCUGAGCACAAGCCAUAUAUCUGUGGGGAUGCAGACUCUGCCUCCACUGUACUGGAUGGCUCUGAAGACUACCUCAUUUUAGCCUGCGAUGGCUUCUAUGACACAGUCAAUCCCGAUGAGGCAGUCAAAGUGGUGGCUGACCAUCUAAAGGAGAAUAACGGCGACAGCAGCAUGGUAGCACAUAAAUUAGUGGCAUCUGCUCGGGAUGCUGGUUCCAGCGACAACAUUACUGUCAUUGUGGUAUUUCUCAGGGACAUGAACGCAGUAGUUAAUGUUAGCGAGGAGUCAGACUGGACAGAGAACUCUUUUCAAGGUGGGCAAGAUGACAGCGGGGAAGACAAGGAAAACCAUGGAGACUGCAAACGACCAUGGCCCCAGCACCAGUGCUCAGCACCUGCAGACCUAGGGUAUGAUGGACGAGUGGAUUCCUUCACCGACAGAACUAGCUUAAGCAUAGGGUCCAGCGUUAACCUGUUUGAUGAUCAAGGCUAUCUAGACCUGACAAAACCAGAAACUAGUACACCUCAGAGUGCCAAAUGUCUGUCACCAAUUCAAGCAUUUAGUCCUGGCAUACCAAAGAGUGCGAAUUUGAUCAACAGCUUAACAGUGAAGAACAAAUCACCAGAGCACACCACAUCAUCAAUCUGUGGACAGAGCAAUCCCAGGGAGUACAACGCUCCUCUUAGUUUGGCUGCUGCAGGGCAGAGCAUCUGCAGGGUGAAGGGUUUAUCCCCCAUCUUCUGUGGGCUGGAAGAUGAACUGUUCAAAUCCUUGGGAAAACGAGCUGCGUUCUUUCACUUCCGGCUCUGUAACGGGAAGAGGCGACAAGGAGCCAGGCUCAAACCAAAGUUUCACACGCCGCUCUUGGCUCGUGAGCCUUCCCAUAUAGAAGGAUCGAGUCUGUCCUUACCCGUCCGGGGCCGCAGUUGCAUGAGGUUGUCGGCGAGCAUUAAGAUGAAUUAG